GCAUUUUUCAUCUACGGCGGUAUAACAUGCUUUGCAUUUGUCUUUUUUUACUUUUGUGUUCCCGAGACCAAAGGUUACAACAUCGAGGAGAUUGAAGUGCUCUUUAUGUCUCGGAACAGCCGAAAGCGAACGCAUAUGACACUGGCUAAAAAACAAAUUGCUGAAGAAAAACAAAACCAUAUUACAAUGCAGAGCAGUAUCAAUUUUCCAGCGAAGCGAAUGAGCAAAUCAUAGAA